UGUACAUUCACUUCUGAAAUGCUGACUAGCGGAAACUGCCGUACUGUGUAGCUGACGUUGUGAAGAGCCUGCCAGCUCAGCUUAUCGUCAAGUGAACGGCAUUCUAGCAAAUGCAACAAGCUUAAGAGGCUCACAUAUAUAUUCAAAUACCCAGAAGACUUCAUUCAAAUGUCUCCCUAGAAGAUGCAGCCAACAUACUAUUCCGCGCUAUCCAAACCUCUCAAAACCAACCCUACACAUGGACUUUCGUCGAUAACUUAAGUCACAAGAAGAUCAAAUAUACCUCUUGUCCGUGCCAAACCCCGCUCAACCUCUGAACAACGGUAUCUGAUGGAAGACCAAGAAAAUCGAUACACUAUGCCUGUCCAACGUGGUACACGGGAACCCGAAGUCGCAGAAGUCAACUUCGGCUUCAUGCCCAACUACCAAGACACAGCAGCAUGGCUGUUGUCCACUACUCGCGUGGACAUCCCAUCCGUAAGUCCCUCCACCAUAUCAUCAUGUUUGUCUUCUCACCCGCCAUCGCGUAUCGUCCGAUCCGAUAUGUCUGUGACUUCGCUACAUCUACACUCGCAUCCACAUCCACCUCUACAUCUAUAUGUACAUAUACAUCUUCCGCACCCAGAUCAUCCCAUCUCUCUUGAACAACCACGUCAAGCACUACCCACUAUGCCAAAGGCGAACCUUUCCAACCCCGCAGGUCCGCAUCAAAGCAGUAUGCCCCAA